CUGUCGAUGGCAUGGUGCUACUAGCUACGGCUGAGGCAGCGGCUCCGCGAGAAAAUACGACAUUUUAAAGGGAAGUUGGUCAUGUAAUGGAAAUAGCUGACUAAUGCGGAUUUCUGAAGUACAUGUUAGCCAUCACACCUACUACAACUCAGCGCCCGGCCUCGACAUUUUGAGGUUGCAUUUUCUGCCCCAAGGUUAGCUAGCUAGCGGGCUAACGGUAGCCGAUUAACGCUAAACUAUUUGAGCUAACGUCUCCUCGGUAGCGAGAUCACGAUCGCGACGCCUGAAUUCAUAGAAGUCACUAGAACCCGAACAGAAUAGAGGAAUAGCAUGGCAGAAGCCGAUAAGUUGAACAUCGACUCCAUCAUACAGCGUCUGCUGGAAGUUAAAGGCUCCAGACCUGGCAAAAAUGUCCAAUUGACGGAGAAUGAAAUCCGUGGUCUCUGUCUCAAAUCUCGGGAGAUCUUCCUCAGCCAGCCAAUCCUGCUGGAACUCGAGGCGCCACUCAAGAUUUGUGGUGAUGUUCAUGGGCAGUACUAUGAUCUGCUGAGGCUGUUUGAAUAUGGGGGCUUUCCACCGGAGAGCAACUACCUGUUCCUGGGCGACUAUGUAGACAGAGGCAAGCAAUCCCUGGAGACCAUUUGCCUGUUGCUGGCUUACAAGAUCAAAUACCCAGAAAACUUCUUUCUGCUGAGAGGGAACCACGAGUGCGCCUCCAUUAACAGAAUAUAUGGCUUCUAUGAUGAGUGUAAGAGGCGAUACAACAUAAAGCUGUGGAAGACCUUCACCGACUGCUUCAACUGUUUGCCUGUUGCAGCUAUUGUUGACGAGAAGAUCUUCUGUUGCCAUGGAGGCCUAUCCCCCGACCUCCAGUCUAUGGAACAGGUGCGAAGGGUCAUGCGUCCCACUGACGUGCCCGACCAGGGCCUCCUCUGCGACCUGCUGUGGGCAGACCCGGACAAGGAUGUGCUGGGCUGGGGCGAGAACGACCGCGGUGUCUCCUUCACCUUUGGUGCCGACGUCGUCACAAAGUUCCUCCACAAACAUGACAUGGACCUCAUCUGUCGGGCCCAUCAGGUGGUCGAGGAUGGAUAUGAGUUCUUUGCUAAGAGGCAGCUGGUGACACUGUUCUCAGCCCCAAACUACUGCGGCGAGUUCGACAACGCCGGAGCCAUGAUGAGCGUGGAUGAGACCCUCAUGUGCUCAUUCCAGAUUCUCAAACCUGCAGACAAGAAGCUGUUCUAUGGUGGAGGGGGAAUGGGCUCUGGCCGCCCAGUCACUCCCCCACGGAAAGCUAAGAAAUGACACCAGUAGUUUGCCCUCGACCUCCGACCCAUCCCUCCUGCCCUCUCUACCUCUCUUCUCCUUUCUUUCACCAAACAGCCAGAAAUCAAACCUAUACCCAGGGCUUUUUUCCUUUUUUAUCUGUACUUCUUAAAACAUUUAAUGUUAUGAAUUGUCUGAGUGAGUGCGUGCGCAGGCGACAAGUGCGUCUUCUGCCGGUGAGCAUUAAAAUCAUGUGUGCACGUGUACAUUUUGUGUGAGAGUAUUAGAGAUUUAUACUUUCCCCUCUCUCUUACCACUCUUCCCGUGGAAAGGUUGAACCACAGUGUCUGUCUGUACAGUAAUUUUGACUGAAAAGGCAGGGUUUGGGAGACAGUGGGAGAAUUGCAGGACACGAUUGCAGCAAACCCUGCCAGUAGUUGGCGUGUGUGUGUGUACUUGUGGAGGGGGGGGAAGUAUUUUGUUUUCCCUGUCCUCUGUACUGUAAAAUCUCAAAACACAGGUAUGUGCAUGUGAGUGUGUGCGUGCAUGCGGCGUCUUGCCUCUAUCUGCGCUUGGCGUCUCCGAACCCUGAGCAGGAAAGAGAAUUUCACCUUUUCUCAGAAGAGCAAGCACAUGAUUACUCACUCACGCGCACACACACACACACACACAUGCAUAUGACUCUUCAGAUUCAUAUGAGCCAGAGCUGUAAAAAAACCCAUACAGUUUAGGUUUGUACAGAUUUGAUUACUUGAAAGAGAUUUUUUGUGAAUUCGUUUUGUAGUCUUUCAUCAAGUUGACCAAUAAAGCGAGAAUCUGA